CCUGUUUGAUCCCAAAUGUGAGAACCGUCAUGUAACAAAAAGUAUGAACUCGGAGAGGGAAAGAGAAAGAGAGGCUUACCAAAUUGAAGGGUUUAGUGGAACCCAUCACUAUUCCAUUGGAUUUUACGCGUCCAUGCCCUACCAGAGCAAAGUACAAGAAGAAAAUCAGAAAGAUAGCAAAUCGUAGGGAUCUCAUUGAGCGGAGAAAGUUUAGCUGUUAGCUGUCAAGUAGGAUGGAUAGAGUAAGUAGUAGCGUUUUAUAACAUGAAGAAGCUUCAAAUCAUGGGAUUCAGAACUAGACAGGCACCGACAAGACAAGAUCUUGAAAGCUUCUUCAGACAAAAAUAUUAUACUGCGAAGCUCGACCCUCAAGGGAAUGGGUUGGCUUUCUUGGUGCCUCUGUCGCAUCCAUCCAUAAACAAAUUGAGGGGAGCUGAUGUGCUUGGAAAGUUGUCAUUAAUUUGGUUUUAUCUUCAAGAUUCUCCGAGCUGUCACUUUUCUCUUGGUGUCUGGUUGCUGAUCCAUGCUCACGUUGCUAGCCACUCACUCACCCCCCACCGCCAGCCUACAGGUAAGAUGGUCUGGAUAAGCCAAGCCAAUGGUAAAGGGGGGGCACCAUUUUUCCCCUCAAAAAGCCAGAGUUGCCACUUGCCACUUGCCAGGGGUCUGGUGGAUGGCUAUGUUGUGUGUAUGUUCAAGUGAGAAUGUGGCCACCUAUAAAUCCAAAAUUGUCAGGUACUCUAGCUGUUACAUUUUCACAAAGGCCAAUCUGGAAAUGCAUAUGAGAUAAAUUUUUAGUGUUUUUAUGUGGAUAUUUUCUUUUCAAA